GGAAUGCUAGCCGUUAACGUUGGCGGCACACCUUGUAUCGAUAGUAAAGCGAAUUCUGGGUAGAAUAACGUGUGUCGUGUUGCCCGUUACCGUGAAAUAUCGACACCCAGAAAUAUCAUCAUUCGAAUAAGUCGAACGAUGCGACGAGGACGGCGUGAAUAGAUCUUAGCGUGGUAUCGUCGUUAUACGGAGCCAUUUCCCCGAUUAAUCCCGUUUUAUUUUCUUCGAUAGAUAUCGUCCGUAGUGUGCGGUAGCCGACAUCGUCGAAAACUCUUGUGAAAUCGUUUCCUCGCGUUACACCUGCAUCUCUUUCUGCAUCCAUUAGCCCAUUCGUCCUACACUGUGAUCCAUCAUGAUCGACCUUACGGUGAAGACUUUAGAUUCGCAGAAUCAUGCCUUCUCCUUGGAAGACGACCAAAUCACAGUACGUAGAUUUAAAGAGCAUAUAGCAGAAUCCGUAGCCGUGCCAGCCGAUUCACAAAGACUUAUUUAUUGCGGAAGAGUUCUUCAAGACGAAAAGAAAUUGAAUGAUUAUGAUGUAAAUGGUAAAGUUAUACAUUUGGUGCAAAGUGCGCCGCCUCAACCUGGACAAAGAAACAAUGAAAGUGGACAAAGUCAAGGACAACAAAGCCAAGGAUGGCAAAACCAACAGAGACCCCAUUAUCGUUUCAGUCAUGCUCAAAUGCAUGGAAAUGCUAUGUAUUUAGGUGCCAUGUCUGUACCAGCCGAAAUCGUUGAGGGACAUGGAUUACCCGUGCCGCAAUUAAGUAACAGUCUAUCAAACAGCCGUUUAAUAGUCGCAAAACGUAUGCUCAAUCGCGCCAACGAGUUGAUGGAUCGUCUUGACGACCCUACAGCGCCUCUACAUCCGAGUACAUCGGAGAAUAAUCAGUCUCCGUUACCACAGCAAAUACAAGUACAAGAGAUAGAAACUGAUCAGGAAGAACUUUUCAGAACUGCUGAAGGUCGACAAUCUGCUGGGACUAGACUUUCGGAAGCUGUAGCGGCCGCGUUAGGAGUUGCCAUCUCUGCUUCGGGUGCCAGCAACGUUACCUUAUUAAGAGGAAGCAAUGACGACGCCAACGAAGCAAGAACUGCAAGCGAGACACAAGAAGAUGCUGAAAUGGAAGCAUCCGCGCAAUCACAAAGCGAACAACAGGGAACAUCGAAUGCGAGUGGACAGAAUAAUAGACGGCCUCACGCUCAAUUACCGCGACCUCCACAAAUGGCAUACUUGUUGGAUAGAUUAUUGAGUACUCAAGAUCGUUUAAGACCGUACAUCGAACGUUACCGUGUACUUAUGUUGGCUGACCCAUCAUUGCCUCCAGGAGCUGGGCCAGAAGGCGUUGAAGAAAAUCAAAGAAUAGUGGACGGCGUUAGUGAGUGUUUACAUUACAUAUCGCAUUCAUGCCACGCUUUAAGCGAUAUAAUCGUUGAUAUGAGACAGCAACCACCUAGAAAUUUGCGAUGUCGACCCAUUAUUAUACAACACUCUGCUAUCGUGCAAGCCGGUGUACCGAUCCAGGUAGAGGCUCAUAUUAGUUUACAUGGUCGCAAUGCAAAUAAUAAUAACGGUAACGAAGAAACCACCGAAUCAACAAAUGCGCAACAACCGUCGGAUAUCGUUGUAGCUUCGGGAUCGAUCGAAGUUACAACCGAGGAUAAUAAUCAGUCUCAAGAAUCUAAUAGUAGUACACCGCCAUCUCAACCGGCGGAACAACAGCGACCGCAAGAACCGUCGCAAUCGCAAUUUGUGUUCGACUUGCCGAACAACGUAGAAGUAUUGAUGGAAGUCAGUCCUGAUAGUAACAUGGAAGCUUCUUCCGGAAGCGAACAAAAUCAGACUGGUGAAAACAAUAAUAAUAACAAUGCUGGAAGAACAAGUGGAAACGGUGCUGGUAUAUUUCCAUGGGGCUCGGCGCCCACGCCUGACUUUUUACGGAAUUUGAUGCAAGCAGUGGCUGGACAUAUGGCGCAAGGUGGUAUAGCCACUGUUCCAAUAACAACGCGCACCACAGCUACGACUUCAGCAGGAGUCCAACAAACGGUUGCCGCAACCGUGGAUAGUACAUCUACUAAUGCUGCUCAAAGCACGCAAGCUCGAAGUAAUGUAGGCACUCAUCCAACUACCGCGACUCAAACACGCAGUACCUCGCGUCCACAUGUAUUCCAUCCGUCACAUCCGCUUGGCGUUGGAAUGGGCAUGGGUCAAGGACUCGAAUUUGAUCCAUUUCUUCCUUGCAAUUCUCAUCAUGUACGUCGUACACCAACCAGCACACCGAAUGUCACGGCUACUUCGCAAUCUACGAGAGCCAGUCAAACGCCUGCACAAGAAACUCAACCUCAGGCACAAACGGCAACUACGUCCUCCGCAAGCAGUACCGCUAGUUCCACGAGCACAACUUCGCCAACUUCGAGUCAAGGUGCCGCAAAUAAUCCAUUAGCGAACUUGUUACGUCAAAUGCUAGGUGGCACCAGUGGACAACAAACCAACAUAAAUAUUAACAGUAACAGUAGUCCUGAUCUACCUGAAAGCUUUGGAAACAUAAUGCAAAUGGUUGGCAGUGGAAACAUUCAUAUAGGAAUCAUGGGAGACGGAGGUACUAACGUAGUUGGUGGAAAUGUAACUCUUGCUAAUUUAUUAGAAAUUAGCUCUCUACAAUCUCGUGAAAAUAUUACGGAAGAAAAUUUACUCGCUGAACUCGCUUUGCUCAUUGCACGUUACAUGACUUUGGAAGAUCUAAUUCGAUUAAGACGUGGAAGAUCAGGACCUAUCGCUAGACUUCGAGUUCCGUUAAGAUUUUUAUGCUGCGUGAUCAUGAACAAUUCAUCUAUGCCCGAAGAACGAGAUCAAGUAGUAGAACGUUUGAUUUUGCAAAUCAGACCACAUCUUCAGCAACUUUUGGAGAGGGAAGAGGAUGCUGGUGGCAGAAGUGGUUCGUCCAUAGAUAUUUGUGCUACGAUCGAAUCAUUAUUAUCGCGGCACUGCAAAGACAUGUUGAGACUCAUACUCGAUGUCGCUAUCGACGACAGAAGAUUCGGAGAAGAGAUAUUAACUAUCAUAAAUAAUUUGGGAAGACAACUAUGUACUGUACUUCGAUAUUCUCUUCGUGGAGGACAAGCGGGUUUAGAGGCUGUUGCUUGCAGUUGUAUGUGCAAUAUGUUGGGUGCCGUUAAUCCUUCGUUUCGGCAAUGGAUGUUGAACAGUUUCAUCGUUCACUUUCGCACUUACUCGCUUCGUAUUCCGCAACCUCCGGAUUCAGAAAUUCUUCCACUUCUUAUAUAUAAAGAAAAUAAUGCACAAACAACAUCGGCAUCUUCAACAUCGGAAUCAGCAGGUUCAACGCAAGAACAGUCACAGCAACAGCAGCAGCAACAGCAACAACAGCAAUCUCAAUCUCAAUCGCAGCCGCAACAGCAACAGCAACAGCAACAAUCGCAACACGAGCCGAUGGAAACAGAAACUGUAGAAGAAAAAUCUACUAAUGAAGCGUCCGUACCCGAUGAAGGGGAAGAUAUCCCAGAAACAUUUCCAGGACAUGAGGCGUUACCUUCGGAAUGGAUACCUAUAAUCGCACGUGAUGGAGUAAGACAACGACGACAAUUACAGAUGCAAGGAAUGGCGAAUGGUGCUGUAACAACUUUCAGUGAUGCAUACAUAGGUGGUUUACCAACAAAACGGCGCAAACUUAUCGAACAGCAAAAGCCACGUUUAUUAGUCAGUCCUACUCCUAAUCAUUCAGCCAUAACUGCAUCGGUCGAGCGUUUAGUCAGAGAAGGCGUUAGUCGUGCGGGUAUCGAGGAAGUCGAAGGGGCUGCCGUUGCUGUAGCAACAGAUCCUGGAGUUAGGCGUGCCUUUGGUCAAGCAAUCAGAGACUGCUUAAAUCCACGCAGAUAUGGUACCCCGGACUUUCCAGAUCCAUUACGUUUUCCAAACGCAACUAAAUAUUUUUCAGAUCAAGAAAGAUCAUCAAAGUAAUGAAAAAAAGGAAGAUACAUAUGGCCUGUAUUUGUGACUUAGAGUAUCUAGGAGGACUUAGGUAGCAUAAUAAUCAAUAACCACGAAAAAAGAAAAAAGAAAAAAAAAAAACACGUAUAAACUAUAACACAUUAUAUUAGCUCUGUCACGUUAAUAUUUAAAAUUUAAUUAUGACUAAGAUGAAGAUUCAUUAAUGUAUAAUAUCACAUUUUAUUUGAAAUUAUAAAGGUGUUUUAAUAUUACCUGGUAUUUUACAGAUUUUCAUUUUCUUUUUAUAAUGACGGGUUUCUUUAAAUAUUAUUUUACAAAUGUAUAAAGCGCUUUUUCAUUUUGUAAAUAUGUUUAAACAUUAUUACUGUAUCUGUGCGACAUUAAACAACAACAAAAAAAAGAAAAAAAGAAAAAAAAAAAGAGGAAGAGUAUAUAGUCAAUUUGCUACCAUCGCUCUACCUUUAUACUCUAAGCAUUAAGAUGUAAUUCAUCUUGUAAGCGUACCGAUAUAAUAUCAUCAAUACAUUUUUAAUAGUGAAACAACUUUUUCGCUAGAAGUUAUUAUGACAAAAUUAAAAUUAUUGUCGAUUAGAAUCUUAUACGAUUGUAGGUGUAGCAAAUUCAUCUGAUGUACUAAUUAUAAUUAUUAAUAUUAUUA